AUGAAACAUCAUUCAAUGUUGCAUUCUAACACCGUGAAGUCGGAUAACAGUGAAAACAAGGCAAGUGGUUCGAGAGCUGUCACUAAUCAUCACACCGGCGGCAAGGCAUCACUUUUUCGCAUUCUCCCGGUCACUCUUCAUGGCAACAAUUGUUCCAUAUCAGUGUUCGCUUUCUUGGAUGAUGGUUCGGAGUGUACUCUCGUGGAAGAUGAUGUGGUGAAAAAGCUGGGAGUGGAAGGACGAUUAAGCAGUACGAAGCAUAAGCUGGUAGAUGUACGUACAGUGAGCAAGUUGGAUCUGCCACGACAAAGUAUCCAGUAUGCGAAGUUGGCGGAAACAUGUCCAUACUUACGAGGACUUCCCGUUCAAGAUUUUGAGAAAGCCGUUCCGUGCAUUCUGAUUGGAGACGACAAGGACAACGCUCACGUCACGGCCACUUUAAAAUUGCGUGAAGGACAACCAGGCGAGCCAGUAGCUGCGAAAACCAGGUUGGGUUGGACAAUUUACGGAAAGAAUUCGUGUAAAUCGGAGAGUCCAGCUCAUAUUUUCCACAUUUGCGAAUGCUACAAGGAUGAGUCGCUUCAUGACCUGGUUACUCAAUUCUUUUCCGUCGAAUCAUUGGGAAUCACAGAAACGGCGUGUCCAGAAUCCGAAGAAGUACAGAGGGCGAAUCAAAUUCUACGAGCGACCACGAAGCGGAUGGGGCCGCGUUUUGAAACGGGUCUUAUAUGGAAAUAUGACAAAUUUGAAUUCCCGGAUAGCUACGCGAUGGCAGUAAGAAGACUUGAGUGUUUGGAACGUCGAAUUCGAAGCGAUCCUGUGAUCGGAGAAAGCGUGAUGCGACAGAUGAGAGAGUAUCAAAUAAAGGGAUAUAUCCAUAAGGCGACAGAGGAGGAACUAGAAGGAGCUGAUCCGUGGAGAGUUUGGUAUUUGCCUCUUGGGGUUGCUUUAAACCCUAAAAAACCGACGAAGGUCCCGAUCUGCUCAACAGUUUACUGGCGGUGCUUUUUGGUUUUCGAGAAGGAAAUGUUUCACCAGGUGCAAAUAAGGAAGGAAGACAGACAUGCCCAGAGACUGCUAUGGCGCGAGCAUUCAUCCCACGAACCGGACAUUUAUUUGAUGGAUGUUGCCACAUUUGGUGCUGCUUGUUCGCCCUGCUCGGCGCAAUUUGUCAAAAAUCUAAAUGCGGCCGAACAUGCAGAGAGUUUUCCUGCCGCCGUUGAUGCCAUUCUACGUAAACACUACGUGGAUGAUUAUUUGGAUAGCGCUGAUAAUGUGGACGAAGCCGUGAAGCUUGCGCUGGAAAUCAAACACGUUCAUUCCUUAGGGGGGUUUCAACUGCGGAAUUGGUUAUCUAACUCCCAAGAUGUCCUCGCACGGGUCGGGGAUAAUGAUUCGGUUGCUGAAAAAAGCCUACAGCUGGAUAAAGACAGUGUAACGGAACGCGUACUUGGAGUAUUUUGGAAGUUAGAGAAGGAUAUGUUCACGUUUUCGUCAGCAAUGAGCACGCAUGAAGAACGACCAACGAAAAGGCAAGCGUUGAGCAUAGUCAUGAGCACGUUUGACCCACUAGGCUUCUUGGCACAUUUUACCAUACGUGGCAAGAUAGUGAUACAAUCCUUAUGGAGAGCGCAAACCAUCUGGGAUGAGUUAAUACCGAACAAACUUUGUGAGCAAUGGACCGCGUGGACGAGGCAAUUUCAGUGUUUACAUCAAGUACGGAUAGCACGCUGUUAUUUCCCACACCGAUCCGUCAACCAAAUCAUUUCGCUACAAUUGCACGUAUUUGUCAAUGCGAGCGAAGAAGCUUUUGCGUGCGUGGCGUACUUUCGAGCAGAAUUUAAAAAGCACUUCGAAGUGGCAUUAAUUGCGGGCAAGUCGAAAGUGGCGCCACUCAAAGUUCUAUCCAUUCCACGAAUGGAACUACUGGCAGCUGUAAUCGGGGUACGGCUUAUGAACACAAUCAUUGAUGGGCACACUUUGCGAAUCGACGAGUGCACCUUAUGGAGCGAUUCUAAAACCGUUCUGGCCUGGAUAAACUCUGAUCACCGUAAAUACCGUCAAUUUGUCGCCUGUCGCGUAGGCGAGAUACUAACAAAAACGAAGCAGUGUCAAUGGCGGUGGAUACCGUCGAAAGAUAAUGUGGCGGACGAUGCUACUAAAUGGGGGAAAAACCUUGUCAUCUGA